AUGGCCCUCUCCACUGCUAUUUCUCACAGCCCCUUUUUGGUUCUGUCUCUGCUACUCCUGUUACCGUCGCCCUGCAUUUACUUAACAGUGCAAUGGGUCCAAAACAAUGUGGUGGCCUACUCAUCGGACAUCAAGUUUCGCUACAUCUCUGUGGGAAACGAGGUCGGCCCCAAGUCCGUUACAGCCCCUUUUGUUCUCUGGGCCAUGCAAAACGUUUACAAUGCACUUGAAGCCGUCAACUUGCAAGGCCAAAUUAAGGUUUCAACUACCUCAUCCAUAGAUCUUAUAGACUUCUCGUAUCCUUCUGCGGAUGUUGCUUUUAAGGAUAACGUCAAGUUCUUCAUAAAGCCAAUCAUCAGCUUUCUUGUCCAAAACAAUGCUCCGUUUCUAGCCAAGAUCUUCCCGUACUUCGUCCGCAUUGGUAACCCGAGCAGCGUCCCUCUUGACUUUGCCUUGUUCAAAGGCCAACCCAAUGGUACGUACACAAAUCUGUUUGAUGCCAUGUUGGAUGCCUUCUACUCUGCUGUUGAGAGUGAGGGUGGAUCUAAUGUGGAAAUUGUUGUGUCGGAGACUGGAUGGCCUUCAGCCGGAGGUGCAGACGCAAGCGUGGCUAACGCACAAACUUACUACAGCAAUUUGAUAAAUCAUGUUAAGGGAACGAGAGGGACCCCAAAGAGGCCUGGGAAGGCUAUUGAAACCUACCUUUUUGCCAUGUUUGAUGAGGACGAGAAGCCGGGGCCUGAGACCGAGGAACAUUUUGGCCUUUUCACUCCAGACAAACAGCCUAAAUACCAGCUUUCUUCCAAUUUUGCAAUCUCAAAAUAUGCCAUGAUUUGUAGCGCGUAG